UUAUUAAUACAAGUUGGCUUAUCCUGUGGGCAGGUGACGUUUCGUGACCCGGAAUCCGCGAGACGGUCAGUUGCGGAUCCAAACCCGAUAAUCGACGGGAGGAGGGCCAACUGCAACAUUGCCGCGCUGGGCCGGCCCCGCCCUUCUCCUCCGCGAGGACGGGCCCAAGCAAGCGGGAGCAUGUAUCAGGGCCCACCUCAGUCAAUGGGCCCACCAUACACUAGAAUGCCAACUCAAGUGCCUCCAGCUCCUCAAGUUUUUUACCCCUCGCCAUAUGGGUAUAUGACGUACGCUACUGAAUAUGGGUAUCAACCGGGCAUGUACAAUCCUCAAAUGGCGUCACAAUAUUAUCCGCAGAUGAUGUAUGGUGCGACUGCAACAUCAAACAUCGGUCAUCAACCAUAUAACUAUCCUCAAAUGAAUUACAUGAUGGCAUCACCGAGGACGGGUUUUCCCCCAUCCAUGAUGCAAUCUCAACAAGCUGCAGCUCAUCGUCAAUUACCUUAUGGACAUAAUCCCAUGGCUAUGCCUCACAUCGACAUGGAUGGCUCAUACUUCCCACCAUCCACAUUGUCUCAUGGUCUUCAACUUCAACUCCCACCACAUGUGAGGCAAUCACUCACAACUCCGGGUAUGUAGUUACUUCCAUCUCCUCUUUAUUUUUUGUAAUUAUUCGA